GUCCUUCCCCCUCCCCCGCGAUACCCCUCGCACUCGGGCGCCUACGGCGCAAUCGGCGCCGGCAUCGCCCCCAUGAUCGAGACAAACAACAUUCUCUCCAAUCCCGAAGGCCCCGAAUACCAAUUUCUCGUCGGCGAGGGCACCUACGUCCUCAAAGAAGACCUCCACCUCGCUACGCCGCCUCCGCACCCCUCCGAAGCCCCCGUCGUCAACCCGAACCCGCUCGCCACGACCCCCCAGCCCGCCUCCGCCGGCACAAAGCUCUCCCUCAUAUCCCUCGACGUCCGCGCCGCGCCCCCCUUCUUCUAUAACAAAGGCGCCAGCACAUCCACCACGCUCUCAUCGUCCCUCGGCGGUGACAUCCAGGAGCACCCCAACGAAGGACGGUACUCCACCGAGGCCGGGCUCAGCAGCGAUGGAGGGGACGGCCGCGGUGCCUCUCUCAGUGAUGGCGUUGCGCCCCCGACAUCGUCGUUGACCAUGGUCUCAGCGCCGGCGUUCGGAGACGGAAACACGGCGCUCGCGCCGGCCAACACCAAGGAUGCAGCCAAGAAGAAGGUGGCCAAGCCCAAGAACAACAUGACCAAGAGCAACUCGUCCUUCAUUUCUAGGGUCAUUGUGAACGAGAGCUUGGCCAAGAAGCUUCAGGAGCGGCCGACAGACGGCGUCUUUGCUUUUGCCAACAUUAAUCGAGCGUUUCAGUGGCUGGAUCUGUCAUCACCAACAAAGGCCGAUUACUUGACCAAGAUUCUGUUCACAAAGGCCCAUUGCCUAUGUCACGACGUGAACCCCACCACCAAGAACAUUGCACACAUUGACGUAAUUAUGGGCUUCUCGACGGGAGAGAUCAUCUGGUGGGAGCCUGUUUCGCAACGGUAUACUCGGUUGAACAAGAACGGCAUCAUCAACGGCACGCCCGUAUCAGAAAUCCGUUGGAUACCGGGCUCCGAGUCUCUCUUCCUCGCAGCCCACAUGGACGGCUCGUUGGUGGUCUACGACAAGGACAAGGAAGACGCGCAGUUCUCUCCCGAGGAGGAGUUGGCAACGACAAACGGCUCGUCGACAAACGGAGAGAGCGAUUCCUCAACCAACGGCGUCAACCAUAACCUCAAGAUCCAGAUCAACAAGUCGGUCCACUCAAAGAACCAGAAGACGAAUCCCGUGGCAUCCUGGAAGCUGUCGAAUCAGCGCAUCAAUGCAUUUGCGUUUAGCCCGGACAAUAGGCAUCUAGCAGUCGUCUCUGAAGACGGUUCGCUCCGCAUCAUUGACUACUUGAAAGAAGAGUUGCUGGAUCUCUACAACUCGUAUUACGGCGGAUUCAUCUGCAUCACAUGGUCACCGGAUGGUAAGUACGUUCUGACGGGAGGCCAGGAUGACCUCAUCUCCAUCUGGUCCGUGGUAGACUCGGCCAUUGUCGCGCGCUGUCAAGGUCAUCAGUCAUGGGUGACGUCGGUAGCGUUCGACCCGUGGCGCUGCGACGAUAGAAACUAUCGGUUCGGCAGUGUCGGCGAAGACUGCAGGUUAUGCUUGUGGGAUUUCAACGUCGGCAUGCUGCACCGGCCUAAGGCGGUACGUUUCUCUCCAGCUCCUAACUCCCCCGCGUCGAAUCGGUAA